AUGGAUGGCCCCAGCAACGUCUCACUGGUCCACAGUGAUGCCACGCUGGGCCUGCCAGAGUACAAGGUGGUCUCAGUCUUCCUAGUGCUUCUGGUGUGCACCACCGGCAUCGUGGGCAACGCCAUGGUGGUCCUGGUGGUGCUGACCUCACAAGACAUGCACACGCCCACCAACUGCUACCUGGUCAGCUUAGCUCUAGCCGAUCUGAUAGUGCUGGUGGCCGCGGGGCUGCCCAACGUCUCUGACAGCCUGGUGGGGCACUGGAUCUACGGACAUGCUGGCUGCUUGGGUAUCACCUACUUCCAGUAUCUAGGCAUCAAUGUCUCCUCCUGCUCCAUCCUGGCAUUUACUGUGGAGAGGUACAUCGCCAUUUGCCACCCAAUGAAAGCACAGACCGUGUGCACCGUGGCCCGGGCUAAACGGAUCAUAGCAGGUAUUUGGGGAGUCACAUCCCUCUAUUGCCUACUCUGGUUCUUCUUGGUGGACCUCAAUGUCCAUGACAAUCAGCGUCUGGAAUGUGGCUACAAGGUGUCCCGAGACCUCUACCUGCCCAUCUACCUGCUGGACUUCACUGUCUUCUUCAUCGUACCCCUGCUGGUGACCGUGGUGCUCUAUGGGCUCAUCGGGAGGAUUUUAUUUCAGAGCUCAUUGUCCCAGGAGGCCUGGCAGAAGGCGAGACAACCCACUGGGCAGGGUGAGGGUGCACCAGGCAGUUGCUGCUCUAGGUCCAAGGGCUCCAGGUCCUCCAGGAAGCAGGCCACCAGGAUGCUGGCGGUGGUUGUGCUGCUUUUUGCCUUGCUGUGGACCCCCUACCGCACACUGGUGUUGCUCAACUCUUUCCUGGCCCAGCCUUUCCUGGAUCCCUGGGUUCUGCUGUUCUGCCGCACCUGUGUCUACACCAACAGCGCCAUCAACCCUGUCAUCUACAGCCUUAUGUCCCAGAAGUUCCGUGCGGCCUUCCUGAAGCUGUGCUGGUGCAAGGCAGCUGGGCCGCAGAAGCGUGCUGCAUGUGUCACUGCCAGCAGCUACAGUGCUGUCCAGGAGACCCCAGGAGGAACUGAGAAGAUGCAGCUGGGCUCCAAUGAGGCCUCAGGUCCCACAGCCGCUGGGUCCCUGCAUUGCCAGCAAGAGCCCCACUUCAGUGUGCUCUGA